AUGAUGAUUGAGUAAUAAUCCCCACAAUAUUGGGAUGAUUUGAUUCUUAGUAGCAGCAAAAAAGAGUCUAAAUUUUAAAGUUAAACACUUGAAUUUACAGCACAAAAACUCUAAUAAUAGUUAGAAAAAAAUAAAGAAUUCAAUCACGAAUAUAUGAUGAGAAUCCAAAGAAGCUAGUCUGAUCAUAGAGAACAGUACAUUUCCGAACCUCAUGAAGAAGAAUGCGAAGAAGUAGAAUAAUAGAAAACAUAUUUGAAUAAAUUGAUGGAAGAAUUCAAUUCAACUUACAGUCCAAAAAUUAAAAGACCUUGUUGCCAACCAAAAUCUUAUGACAUGCCAAGAUAAUAAUAAAAAAAACCAUUAUAAUAUUCAAAAGAAGAGGUUUGGUAAAGGUUAUUGGAAGAUAAACGAAAUUAGGCAGAGUAGAGGGAAAACGAGAAACGAAAAUAUAUCGAUGAAUUGGUAGAAUAGCAUUGUACUUUUAAACCAAUAAUAAGUGAUAUUGCAUCAAGAAGAAACACAGAUUAGCCAGUAGUUGAAAGAUUAUAUUAAGAUGGAAUUGAAUAAAAAAAGAGAAAAGAAUAAUUAAAAUUUGAUCAUAUUAAUUCUGAAUAGUUCUCUUUUAAGCCCGAGAUUAGUUAGAUUGGCACAGUUUUGAAAGGAGAAAAAUAAUUUACGAAACCCCUGUAUGAAAGAAUAGAUGAAGUUAUGAAAAAAAAAUAAGAAGAAUUACUUUAAAAACAAUAAGAACUUUAGUAACAAUCUGAUGUUACAUAUCAACCUAAGAUUUCACAAAGAUCUGCUUUCAUAGCUGAAUAAAAAUAAACAUCAAAGUCUGUUGUUGAAAGAUUAAUGGAAGAUGCAGCACUGAAAUUGUAGAAAAAAAUGAAUUAAAAGAAUGAAAUCUAAGAAAAAGAUGAAUGUACAUUCAAUCCUUAGAUCAAUCCCACCACUAAACCAGUAUAAUAAAUUAACUAGAUCUAUCAAACCUAAUAUCUGAUGGCUGAUUUUAUGAGAGAAAAAAAAGAAAAGCUCAUCUAAGAAUUUAUCAAAAAUUCUGAUGUUACUUUUAAGCCUUAAAUUAAUAAAACAAGUGAACUUAUGAUGGAAAGCAAUGAAGAAAGGCUUUAAGAAAAUAUGUCGGAUAAAAUUAAUCGACUUGGAGUUAGAGAUUAUGAGAAAAAUCAAAUACUAAAAGAAUAAAUUUAAUAAGCAUAUUAUCAACAAUACACUUUUAAACCCUAAAUAAAUCACAUUUCUUCGAUUAUUGCCCAAAAAAGAUCGCUUGAUGAUCUCGCAUACAAUCCAGAAAGAUAAGAGAAAUUAAAUAGAUUAAAAGAAGAAUAAGAAUCCAAAUAAUCAUUUAGUUAUUAUCCCUAAACUAAAAAAUCUCAAUAGUAUUAACAUGUGAAAUCCAAAUAUGAUAAAAAAUUAAUUAGAUAAAAUAUGGAAAUAGAAAAAGAACUUAAAGAAAGAAAAGUCCAAGACUUAAAAAGGCAAAUGUAAUAUGAAGAGUUGAAGGAAUGUACAUUUAAGCCAAUUACAAAAUAAUUUUAGAAAGAUGAAGAACCAUUGAGCUAAAAGGUUAAAGGAGUUGACAGCUUCUUCUAAAACAAAGAAAACCUGAAAAAAAAAGCUUAUUAACAAUAAGAAAGAGAAAAAGAACUAUUUCAUUAUGAAUUAAAAUACGACUUUAAAAAUCAUUUAGAAAAAACUAAGCCAGAACCAUUUAAAAUAACUUAAUAAAACAACACUAAUAAGAGAUAACUAGAAGAGGAAGCAAUAUAAAAAGAAAGAGAAUAAUGCACAUUCCACCCUAAGAUUAAUUAAAAAUAUGUUUUUUCAUGA